CCCUCCUCUCUCUUUUUCGGCUUUUUUUUUUUUUUUCUCUCCACCUAUUUUUCCCCCAAUUUUACUUUCUAGAAAAUUCAAUCUGAAACAGUAAUGGCGUCUUCCAGAAGUAGAUCCAAUAGUGGAGUAAAAAAUGGAUUUGAAAGUUCAAUAUCAUCUUCAGGAAGAUGUUAUGGUUCAUCGUUUACGAAUUCGUCAUCGGUUAAUUCAAGCUUUUCGUCUGGUUUCGCAUCGUCUAGUUCGAGUUUCACAUCUCGAUCUAGUAGUUUUUUCCAGAGAUCAGCUUCACCAACUCGUGUGAAUUUAUAUGGAUCUGUACAAGGAUCUCCAUCUGUUCGUUUCUCAAUGGCGGAUCGUCCGAUUUCACCGAGUCGAUCAAUUACAGCUUCAACUCGUGAUCAGGUGGUGAAAACUACAAGUAAUCGAUUAAACGUUCCGUCGUCGACGAAGAGGACGUGUAUGUGUUCACCAACAACUCAUCCAGGUUCAUUUCGUUGUAGUUUACAUAAGAAUAGUCAUAGUUCGUCAUCAGUUUCGUUUCCGUCAAAUCGAUUGAAUGCUAGAAGAUCAGCAAUGACUAAUUCUCUUGUGAGGAUUGGUACUGUUGAAGGUGAUUUGGUUAAACGUGCUUUAGCUGCUUUGAUUCGUCCAUCAUCACAUCAACAGAGAAGAAGAGCGUCAUUUCAACCUAGGCAGAGCAGGCUUUCAAUCAUGUCUAAAGCUGUUGAUGAUAUCUGAGUCGAGUUUUCCUGAAAGGUUUGUUUUAAAAAUAUAUUCUCCAAAUCUCAAUCAAAAAUCGUUUCUGUUUCCCUAGUGUUUCUCCGGCGGAUGUCAUCAAAUCAGGCACAGUCGUCGGGAAAAUUGAAGGAUGUGUAGGGAUUGUGGGAGAAAUUAUACAUAGUUUAGGUCUUCAAGAGGUUGCUGAUCAUCAAAGCUGAAGAAGAACAGGAAGAAGAAAUCAGAAGGAUGAAUCGGUGUUUUGUGAUUGAAGAUCAUAAUGAAAAAAUCCCCAAAAAAAACGAGUAGAAGAAGAUUUACAGUAGUUCCUUCCUUGUAUAUAAAAUAUCAAAUGAAUGGGUUGUUAAAAGAGAUACCAACUCUUAGAAUCCUUUAAAAUUUAUUUUUCUUUCAUCGGACA